UCCUUUAAGGGCUGUGGGAAAUCUUCAGGAGCAAGCUAUGGACGGUAUUCCUAAGACAGCUUAUCGAUAACCCAUAGUUAACGUAGCUCUCAUGCUCCUCUUGCAAUCGCUAUCCCAUCUGGCGCCUGAUUUCGACGCCCAAUGGACUAUACGGCCAGCGCACUUCACGGCAAAAUAUAAGAGAGAGGAUUAUACCGCCAUAACUGACGGGCAGCUUCGCACCAGGGCAAAGACACUCCUUAGCGCGAUUAUCGAGGUGAAAAGAUGGACACGUACGUCUGAGGGGAAUGCGCUCAUAAUGCAAGAGGUAGGGGAGAUAGUGGCGUGGAUAACAACGCAUCUCCUCCAAAAACCAGCAGCUAUAACCAUCAAAAGUCGAAUUGUGGCUGUUCGCGCAGUGGCUAACGAUGGUCGCGAAGGCUUUUUAUUAAAUGGCGGCUGGUUCUUUAGUGACUUUUACCUUUUCUACCAUUUUAUAUCUUUUAUGAGUCAGACUCCAAGUUCAAGUGGUCAGAUACCACUGUGAAGAUGACGGUGCCUGUUUUGGGGGGCUGUUCGUCCUGAACGCCGUUCUGAGGGGGGGAAGGGCGGUAGUGGGGGUGGACAGCCAUAUCUUGGUGCGACUGUGAGGUGCCGCGAAGCAAAUUUUGGUCAUUUAUAUUGACAA